GGGGGAUUAGCUGGCUGCUCAUACUGUCAGCAGAUUAUCUGUUAAUCUGCAUCAGUCAACAUGUCGGUCCGGAGGAACACGGUUCUGCUCUCAGUUCUGCUGCUGACGUUGGUUCUGUCAGGCUCAGCUUUCGUGGAGGAGCUGGAUGACACCUUCAUGGAAACCAAAGAACCCGAUGACAUCUGGCUCAUCCAGUUUUACGCCCCCUGGUGUUCCUUCUGCAAACAGCUGGAUCCUGUUUGGCACCAGAUCGGGUCAGAACUCCGGAGUCUUGGUUCUCCGGUUCAUGUUGGCAAGUCAGAUGCUACAGCCAGCCCUGCUUUGGCCAAAGAGUUCAAAGUCCGAAAUUAUCCUGCCAUUCUCAUGUUGAAGAACGGCGUGAAGUAUAACUAUCCAGGAUCAAGAACCAAAGACGGAAUCUUGGACUUUGCUGACCGGGUCUCAGGGCCGCUGGUUCGUUCUCUGAGCAGCCCACGCCUCUUCCAGCAUGCCAUCAGCCGCCAUGACGUCAUGGUGGUUUAUGUUGGAGCGACAUCAGAGCUCAAGGCAAAUCUGACGGCUGCAGCAGAGGAACUCAUCGUCCACACCUACUUCUUCUCUGCCAGCAGAGAGGUGGUGCCGAAGGAGCUGACGCUGACCUUUCUGCCGGCGGUGCUGCUUUUUAAGGAUGGGACCUACUUCAUUUAUGAUGAGGAACAGGAUGGAGACCUGAAGUCGUGGAUCAAAAGAGAACGCUUCCCAAACUUCUUUCUGGUUGACAGCUACACUCUGUAUGCCAUGGGGGAGUCAGGUAAACUGGUGUUACUGGCUCUGCUGGAGGACAGACACCUGUGUGAAGACAGCCUCAGGUACAAGCGUCUGGUGGAGAAGGUGGCCACGGAGCACAAGGAGACGUACAGCAGGAAGUUCUACUUUGGUUUCAUGGAGGGCAGCGGGUACAUCGACGGACUCAUCAUGGGGGAGGCUGCUGUCCCCUCCUUCAUUGUGGUCAACCUGUCCAACGACGGCUACUUCCUGCCACCAGGCCCCAUAGAGACGGAGGCCCACCUCCUGCACUUCCUGGAUGGUGUUCUGGAUGGCAGUGUGGAGGGUCUGGGAGGAAAUGGCUUCACUCAGCGCCUCAGACGCGGCGUCUACGACAUCAGGACGACGUUAACGCCGGUGUUCAGGGAUGCUCCGGUGCUCGGCUGCUUCCUGGUUGGCUUCCCGCUCACCGUGGGCUUCAUCUUCUGUUACCUCUGCAUCAAGAACCGACCCACGUCAGCCGAGGAGGAGGAGGACGCGCCUCUGCGGGCGCCGUCACUGCAGCGCAAGAAAAGACAGAUAGACAAAAAGUCUGACUGAGUGACUACGCCGGCAUGUAGUGUACCCUGAGUUUAGACGCUGAUCCAGAACCGGUCCCUGUUUCUGUCAGGACCUGCAUCUGUCCUGCAGGUCCUGGUUCAACUCAGACUUUGAUCAGGAACUUUCAUUGGUCAGCUCAGGUUUUCUUUCUUUUAGUCCCAAAAUAAAAGUGCAAAUCUGUGAAAUGUC